AUGACAACUCAACAACCCCUAUCUUCGGCAAGCGGGCUCCAGAGCGGGCCUGAGCUUGGUAAAUCCAAUGACGAUGACUGGGAAACAGGUCAGCUCUCAGCGCCAGAACAACGAGUUUGCAGCCCGGGAUAUAAGUGCCCAAUUCGUGAGCGGUUGAAGCACUUUACUUGGGCUUGGUUUGCAGUCACCAUAAGCACUGGUGUUCUCGGCCUUCUCUUCCAUAACACGCCCAACCGCUUCGAUGGGCUCAAUGCUAUUGGCAAAGUAACAUUUAUUCUUUCUAUUGCCAUGUUUCUUGUCUCUGUCGCCGCCAUUACAUAUCGAUUCAUCAAGACACCCCGAGGAUUAAGGACAAGCUUGCUGCAUCCAACUGAAGGCUUGUUUUUCCCAGCAUUUCUGUUAAGCCUGGCCAUUAUUCUCGCCAACUCAGCUAUAUACGGUAUCCCGGCAUCAGGCCCUUGGUUACCUGUAGCCCUGAGAGUAUGCUUUUGGAUCUACGCUGCUCUAGCUAUCUCCUCAUCUGUGAUGCAAUAUACCAUGGUCUUUAAGGGGGCUAAACUCAAGAUCAAGUCAAUGAGCCCCCUUUGGAUAUUUCCUAUCUUUCCCACAUUAUUAACGGGGGUCCUGGCUUCCACAAUUGCACCAUCACAACCGCCUUCACAACGAUUACCUAUCCUUGUUGCGGGAGUUACCUACUUGGGCCUGGGAUUUAGUGUUGCUUUUAUCCUGUACGCAUUAUACCUCCAUCGCCUGACGCAAGAGGGAUUCCCGGCUCCUCCAAUGCGUCCAGGAAUGUUCAUUGCAGUUGGGCCGCCAGGAUUCACAGCGACGGGUCUCAUAGGCCUCUCUAGAUCUAUCCCGGACGACUAUGCCUAUUUCGCUAGAUUUCCUGCUGCAUCGCAGGUAUUAAAAGUUCUUGCGCUCUGGGUGGGCAUUUGGUUAUGGGCCUUGGCUUUCUGGUUCUUCGCCUUCAGUCUUAUUGCGCUUCUGAUGGGUGUAGCGAGGAAACGCAUCCGCUUCUCCCUGGCUUGGUGGGCAAUUGUCUUCCCCAACACAGCUUUUACAAUUGCAACGUGUCUCAUUGGAGAAGAGCUUGAAAGCGAUGGUAUUAAGGGCGUGGCAAGCGCCCUGACGGUGUUGAUCGUAAUUGCAUGGUUAGUAGUGCUUGGUUCACAUGUGCGUGCUGUCAUACUGAGCAAGGUUUUAUGGCCUGGCCGAGAUGAAGAUUUCGGACAUUACACCCCUAACAAAGAUAAAUCAGCUGUAAGCCACUGA